AUGAUUCCAAAGCCCUCUGAACCGCUUAUAUGUGGUCCCAGGGCGCUACUCCAUCCGUUGGUGCCGACCCUCGAGAAUGCUUUCAACCCGUGCUUUCUUGCGCAGCUCUUGCUUGUCUUGGUGCUCUUCAUCGGCCCUCCAGCUAUCUACCAGCUAGUGUGUGUUCUACGAAACCCUCAGUAUGGUUCUUUAUCUAUUAAAUGCACAAGAUGGCCUCACUUUAUUCGCUCGGUUCUUGUGGCUACUGUGGCGGUGCUUUCGUGCUGGUUGACUGCUCAGGUCAGUAUCCAUGAACGCUAUGCAGAUUAUAAACUCAUUGGAUUUGGCUCAUUGUCGCUUCUUUUGGUGUUUGUGCUUUUGCCAUUGCAUGCUUUGGAACCUUUGAGCUUGCCUAUCCAGUCGGGGGCUCUUCUUGCAUUCUGGCCAGCCUUUGUGUUGCUCCAGGCUGCUAUAGUGUACCAGGACUCAUUCACCAACUGGCCUCUUUUACUUGCCAAUGCUGCUCACAUCGAAACAACUUCAAUGCUUCUUUCUGUGGUCAUUUUCGUGCUUGAAGCAUCUAAGCGUACUUGGAAACCCACCCACGAACUUCUCAUUCACUAUAUGAACAAUGAGACAUUAGCGAAAGAGCUUCGAAAGCCUAACUUUCUUGAACAAAUUACCUUCACUUGGAUGAACGGCCUAAUUACCAGCUCCUACGAGAAUGGCACUCUUUCCCAUCAGGAUCUUCCCGAAAUUCCUUCUAGAAUCUCCACUGAGCUUUAUAUGAAGCGCCUUUCGAAACAUUAUGACCCAAAGAAGAACCCUAACAUCACCAAAUCGGGCCUUUUGUGGGCUUUGAUAAAGGCCUUUGGCCCAUUGGGUCUCAUUUCGUUUCUGUAUGAGUUGAUAGAUAAGGUCCUUAACUUUAUCCAGCCACAGCUCUUGAGGCUUUUGAUCGUCUUCGUCAGUCAAAAAGUGUCUGAUCCAAAUACUCCAGCUUUAAGAGGUUUCAUCAUAUCCUUUGGUAUGUUUUUUGUUACCUUGAUUCAGACAUCCAUGACCAACCGCUUUAUGAUGAGGAUCCAAGAGUUCGGUUUCAGUUUCAAAGCAUCCUUGACAUCACUAGUGUUCCAAAAGAGUCUUCGUUUGUCAAGUCAGGCCCUUGCUGAACGUUCGAGUGGUGAUAUAGUAAACCUCAUUUCCAUUGAUGCACCAAGAGUACAAGCGUGUGCCCAGGAAAUAAGCACCUUAAUUAUUGCACCAACUGAGUUUGUUAUUUGCAUGAUAUCUCUUUGGGCACUUUUAGGUAAGGCUAGUUUGGCAGGAGCGGGUGUCAUCUUAUUCUCAUUCCCAGCUAAUGCCAUUAUUGUGCGUUUUCAGAAACGUCUUUCUAAGAAGCAGAUGCAAAUCAAGGAUGAGAGAAACCGUGUGACAAAUGAGAUUCUCGUUUCCAUGAGAUCAAUUAAGUUCUACUCUUGGGAAAAUCCCAUGCUUAAACACUUGCUUGAUAUUAGGAAUGGUCGUGAGAUGACAAACCUCAGAAAGAAACGUUUAUUGGGACAGGUAUCCAACUUUCUCUGGAUUCUUAUUCCAUUUUUGGUGUCAUUUGCUACAUUUGCAACGUUUGCCAUUACUAGUACCGUUCCACUUACAUCUGACAUCGUAUUUCCAGCGCUUACUUUGCUUGAAAUUCUUUCAAAGCCCAUUCUCAACUUCCCUGCCGUCUUUAAUUACAUUAUAGAAGGCUCUGUGGCACUUGACAGAAUCACAAGUUUCCUUGGUAGCCCAGAGGUUGAUGAGAGUCUAGUUGCAAUCAAGCCUAGUGAAGAUCCAACAUCUCUCGAGAUCCAAAACUUGUCAUUCUUAUGGAGCAAACCAGAGAAAAGUGAAAUACGAGAAGAUAUGGAUUUUGCAAGUUUCAAGUAUGCCUUACGUAACAUCAACUUGAAGGCCCAAAAGUACGAUCUUGUCUGUAUAGUUGGGAGAGUUGGAUCUGGUAAGUCUGCUUUACUUUCGUCCAUAAUAGGCCAACUUUCUGCCAUUCAUUCUUCCUCGCCGCAAAAGAGGCCUUCUCCUAUCAGCCUCCAUGGAAGCAUAGCUUAUUGUACUCAAAAUCCGUGGAUUAUGAACGCCUCGGUGAAGGAAAACAUUCUUUUUGGUCAUGAGUUCGAUCCAGAGUACUACCAAAAAACGAUCGAGGCAUGCCAGCUCCUUCCUGAUUUGAAAGUUCUUCCCGACAAUGAUGACACACAGGUUGGAGAAAAGGGUAUCUCAUUAUCUGGUGGACAGAAAGCAAGACUAGCAUUGGCCCGUGCCGUAUACGCCAGAGCCAACAUUUACCUUCUUGAUGACGUUCUAAGUGCCGUCGAUAGUCAUGUUGGAAAGAAAAUAAUCAACCAAGUGUUCAGUAAAUCGGGUUUAUUGGCCAGACUGACAAUUGUUCUUGCAACAAAUAACAUCCCUGUCCUCCUGAAUGCAUCCAAGAUUUACUAUCUCGAGAAUGGAAGUAUCUUAGAAGAAGCUAGAUACAAUGAUAUCAGUCCUGAGGCAUUUCCAAAACUCAAUCGACUCGUUACUGAAUUUGGAGGCUCGUCUCCUCAGCCUUCUAAAUCUCCUUCUCCUACGGAGACCCCUGCUCCAUCUGUCACUCAUAGCAAAGCAAUCAUGGCGCCUUUCGAAUGGGAUCCACUUAAGAAGAACACUGUCUCGAAAAGAACCGCUCAGUCAGCUGAGGUUUCAGCUAAAGGCAAGGUCAAUUGGAAUGUCUACUACGAUUACAUCAAGGCAUGUUCCACUAGUGGUGUUUUAGUAUGGGUGGCCAUCUUUGUCGCUUCAACCCUUGUUUCUGUCCGUACAACUUACUGGCUUAAACAAUGGGCUGAGCGGAACUCGGCAAUUGGAAAUAACUCAGAUGCUCUUCGGUUCAUCCUGAUCUAUGCUGUAUUGGGGCUCACAACAAGUCUUUUGACACUGGCAAGAGGUGUUUUAUUCUGGGCGUUCUUGGGACUUCGUGGAGGUAAGGUUAUUCAUGAAAGAAUGGCCCGUCGUCUUAUGAAGGUUCCUAUGUUGUUCUUUGAAAGAACUCCGGUUGGUCGAAUUAUGAACCGGUUCAGUAAUGACGUGAACAAGAUCGACGAUGCACUUCCUAGAUCGUUCAACAACUUCUUGAAUGCAUGUUUGAAGACAACAAUGACUUUGGUGAUCGUUGUAUUUGCAAUUCCGCCCUCGUUUUUCGUUUUGAUCGUGCUAGCCUUUUCUUACCGGUACUACCAGAAAUAUUAUGUGGCAGUGCAAAGAGAGAUCAAAAGGUUGGUUUCCGUUUCCCGCUCACCUAUCUUUGCUCACUUCCAGGAAAGUUUGAACGGUGCUGAUACUGUCAGAGCAUACAGACAACAGGACAGGUUUUUAUUCAUUAACGACGCCAACGUUGACUUCAACCUAAGAAGUCUUUAUAUGUUACGGUCAGUUAACAGAUGGCUUUCGGUCAGGCUACAGAUGAUGGGCUCUUUGCUUAUUUGGAUCUCAUCGUCGCUUCUUAUUUAUAAGGCCUCGUCAUCCUCUCCAUUGAGCGCUGGUAUGGUCGGUUUCGUUAUGAGUUAUUCCUUGCAGGUUACCAGUUGGCUUCGUUUGAUUGUCAGAUUCUCUGCCGAGGUCGAGUCCAAUAUUGUAUCCGUCGAAAGGUGCCUUGAAUAUGCGGAAUUGAAACCAGAAGAGGACGAAAAUACAAAGUUCCAGCAACCGAGCCCCUCGUGGCCGGAACAGGGUGCUAUUGAUGUCAAGGAAUUCUCCGGACGUUACGCUAAAAACCUUGAUAUGGUGCUCAAGAAUGUCUCCUUUUCUGUGAAGCCAGGUGAAAAGGUUGGUGUCGUUGGACGCACUGGAGCAGGCAAAAGCUCUUUAGUGUUGGCCAUUUUCCGAAUGAUCUCGUCCAGUGAAGGAUCCAUAUUCAUUGACGGACUAGACAUCAACACUUUACGUCUCUUUGAUCUCAGGCACAAUCUCAGCAUUAUUCCUCAAGACUCACACAUGUUCGAGGGCACAGUUCGUGAAAACCUCGAUCCAUUUACAGAACAUAGCGACGAUAAAUUAUGGCGAGUGUUGGAGCUUUCAAGCCUCAAGCAAACCGUCGAGCGUCUUGAUGGAGGCCAGGGAUUGGACAGUUCAGUAAGCGAAGGAGGAGGCAAUUUCUCUGCUGGUCAAAAACAGCUUAUAUGCUUAGGAAGAGCCCUUUUGAACCCUUCCAAGGUACUUCUUCUAGAUGAAGCAACAGCCGCCGUGGAUGUACAGACAGACCAAAUCAUUCAACAGACCAUCCGGCAAGAAUUCAAAGAAAAGACAAUCAUCACUAUCGCCCAUCGUUUGAACACAGUUAUGGAUAGUGACCGUAUCCUAGUGCUAGACCAUGGCGAGGUGAAGGAGUAUGAUGCUCCAGAGACGCUUCUACGCAACCCACAGAGCCAAUUCCGUGGCAUGUGCGAGGCAAACCAUUAA